AUGCCUAUGGGUUUGAUAGAGAAGAAGUGGCUUGUGGAGGUCUGUUCCCUCCAGAAUCGCCUGAAGUGGACAUUAGUGUGGUGGAGGACCAUGGUGGUCCAGAGUCGCAUCAAACUGAGCCGUGGGCUCCAGCGCCAGGCACCUGAAGUCUUCCUGGGUCUACCCGUGUCCGAGGCCAUAGACAUGUGGGGUCUUGGUUGUGUGCUUGGGUUCGUGUACCUCGGAAAAAGGCUGUUUGCGGCAAACUGCGUGUACCAGUCAAUUAGAGGCAUCGUAGACAUUCUGGGCCAGCCAGCUGACCACCUCCUGAGUGCUGGGAAACACACCCACACAUUUUUUAAGGCGAACCAGCACUGGGACAAACCAAGAUGGUGGAUGAAGACCCCGAGGGAAUACCAGAUUGGCACUGGCAUUGAGCCCAAAAGAUGGCACAUGCGUUUAAGAAACCUGGAUGACCUGAUUACACACGACCCAAGGACGCAGGAAAACAUUGAGCUGGAGGAUCAAAGGGCAUUUGUCAAUCUCCUGAAAUGCCUGCUAAAUACAGAUGCAGAGAAGAGGAUCACUCCGGGGAAGGCUCUCACUCACCCCUUUGUCACAAUGGCCCAUCUGGUGGAUGAAGUAGAGAUCAGCUUAUAUGCCAAGAAUUCUUCAAAGAAAAUGGCGGUCGUACCAACGGACAACUUCGAUGAGGACCUAUCUCCUAAUGGUGAGGCUGAAGGAGAGCCCAAUGAUGAAGAGCCUUCAGCCACAGCUCAUUUCAAUGACGCAGCUGUUCCUCGCUCCUGUGACAGCAUGCCUGCUCAUCUGAUGGAGCAGAGGCUGCUGCAGAGAUAG